AUGUUGGCUGAACAAAGUUCAUUCGAGAAAAUGGCCCGUGAAAAAAAUUACGAUGUUAUUCAUAGUGAAUCUGAAUGUGGCAAAAUUGUUGGCCUUUGUGAACGAUGGCGUCAUUCCCUGGAAAAGUCUCAGCACAAAGUUGUUUUUGAGGGAAAUGCUGGUUUAUAUUUCCUUGUUGGAGAUACAAACACAGCGAAAUUUCGUUGUUCAUCAUUCCCUGAGGUAGCUUCUUGGCCUCACAUAACGUUUGGUACUUUGAAACGAUCACAUACUGUCAAUGGUUUCAGUCUUGCAUUGUCGCAGGCUGGUGCACCAACAAAUACUCGAACGCUAUUGAAUGCUUUCGAGGUUUGCGAGCGCGAAAGUAUUCGUGGUGAUGGUUCAUUACUUUUUCAUGCAGACUUUUUAAUUCGAUUGAAUUUCUUUGCGGAACGGUUUACCGAAAAAAUCGCGGAAUUAGCUGCUACCGAUUUAAUAAAGAAAUUCAAAUCGGAUAUGAAUCCUCGAGCUAUUUAUUUCACUCAAAGUCUUGUAAAUGGUUUCCACCAAGAAAUCUCAUCAGAAUUUUACGACGCCGAUGGCCGCGAAUCAACUCCAUUCUUUGAAAAAACAUUGAAUGUCAGUGAACCUGAAACGAAUAGCCCUUCCUGGUUCUCUGCUUUUAGUUUCCGCGACGAUAGCAAAUUUUUGCCAUUUUCUUAUAUUUCGAAUCUAAAUACUAGCAGGAAGAGUGGUGAUUCUUCAUGUCGCAUAUGCUCAGAUACUCGUAGUGAUUUUAUCGACCUGGUUCGACGUGCGUCUGGAGUUUCAAGUAACAACUCUGAAUAUAAAGUACCUGAGACUGCUUUGGUUGGCCUCUCAGCCACAGAAAAAGAACAUAUUAUUAAGGUCAAUUUUUAUUUCUGA